CGCUGCAGCCUGGGCAGCGAGCCAGAAUGGAGGCCGAGUGCCCUCCGGCGCCGGGCGCGGUCGCGGGCUGUGAACAUCCUCUGCCUCGCGCUUCGGAUCGGAACUCCGCGUCCGUAACUGCUCGGGACCCCUGUGGGCUGCGGACCGUGGCUCCAGGGCUGAGUGCAGAGAGCCAGGGCCGCCAGGCCGCGCCGGUGACGAUGCCCGCGCCACCGCAGGUAUCGGUGGGCCGAGGCAUCGACAAAGUUUUUCUACAAAGAUGGCGUCGGGGCUACACCAAACUUUGGGCCCCGAGGGCGUGGCAGCAGUGGAUGCCUCGUGGGUCUGGCCCUUUUGUGGGAGGCGGCCUUGUGAGUUUGAAGUUGGCACCGCCGCGGGCCGUAGACCUAGGGGCCCCAGGAACGGAGUCGGGGGCGGCAGCACGGCUUCCCACGCCUUCGGCACACAUCCCGGUGCCGAUACAGAGAGUAUCCCCCGGAAAAGCCCGGCUGGACGAGGUCGUGGCUGCUGCAGCACUUACAAGCCUGUCCACCAGCCCCCUCUGUGUGGGGGCCACAGAGCCUGGCUUGGACCCCUGGAAGGAGACGGUGCAGCCCACAGGCAGUUAUAGCAGCAGCAGCAAUAGUGGAGACUGGGGCUGGGACUUAGCCAGCGACCAGUCCUCUCCAUCUACUCCAUCACCCCCACUGCCUCCUGAGGCAACCCACUUUCUGUUUGGUGAGCCCACACUGAGGAAGAGGAAGAGCUCUAUCCAGGUCAUGUUCCAGUGCCUGUGGAAGAGCUGUGGGAAGGUGCUGAGCACAGCAUCCGGGAUGCAGAGACACAUCCGUCUGGUGCACCUGGGGAGGCAGACAGAGCCAGACCAGAGCGAUGGUGAGGAGGAUUUCUACUACACAGAACUGGACAUUGACAUGGACACACUGACUGAUGGGCUAUCCAGCCUGACCCCAGUAUCCCCCACAACCUCCAUACCACUCACCUUCCCCCGCCUGGAUCCGCCAGAGCUGCUGCAGCCUCUAACCUUUCCCCCACCCCUUAUGCACAGCUCUGUAGCAGCCCCUCAAGCAUGCCAUACUGAUCAUGCCUACCAGGCAGGUGUGGCCACAGAUAGAGACUGCAGACAUGUCUCUGAGCAUUCUAAAAAGGAACAGAGCAGAGGCUAUGAUUCCCCCCAAGACUGCCUAUCGCCUAUCUGCCUUGAGCCACAACCCACUGAGGCCCAGACCUACACAUCAGCCCUGCCCACCAAACUUGGUGCCAACCUGAGAUGUGUGCAGGUUGAUGUGCAGGGCACAUGCCAGGUGGGGAAAGUCCAAGCUGACAACUCUGUGCCCCCUGCAUGUCCUCCCAGGAAACCCCGUAGUGAUGCAAAGAAGUGCCGAAAGGUGUAUGGCAUGGACCACAGAGACCUGUGGUGCACAGCCUGCCGCUGGAAGAAAGCCUGCCAGCGGUUCUUAGACUGAGCCCACUCAUAGUGCUGCUACCCAGCCUCUUGCCCACCCAUUGCCAGCCUAAGGCUGGAACAACCCUUGGGGAAGAGUUGGUGACCUGAACCCCCAGAGGUACAGGAGGGGUUCUGCCAAAGGGCCUCUGAAGAAAUCAGCCUUUUCACUAAAGCCAAACCACACCACUGUCCCUUUGGCCCCAGUGGUAGCUGCCUGCCUCUUCACCUGUCACCUACGGACUUCUCGAAGAUGUCAGUGGACCAUGUUGGGGCUAUUCCCAGAUUCACUUUGAAGGGUGUUGGGAAAGGGACACACCAACCCAUAUUUAAAAGUGGUGGUUUUAGGGCCUGGGACUAGCAUUUUGCCAUGUUUGUGAAGCUCAGGUGUCUCACAUCUGGACCAUACCAGAUGAGAAUUAAAAAUUGGGUGUUCCCCCCCCCCCAAAAAAAAAAAAAACUGAGUUUGCCUCCUGA